AGUUUGGGUUUUUGAUUUUGUUAUUCAAUACGUGCGGCAGCCGCACAAAUGUGCAAUUUAAUCAAUUAAAAUAGAGAGAAUGCAGGCGCUACGACAAUCGCGACCCUUUCGCGGCCUUCACUGGAGCUGUUGGAAGCGCUUCUUAACACACAGCUGCACCGGCAACGAGUAUUUGGAGCUGAGCAGCGAUGUGAAGCACCGCAUAGAGACACACUGGAAAGGUCAGAUCAGUGGUGGACAGUUUGAUGCCAAGCAGCCGGCAGACAAGUUCUACGUUCUCUCCAUGUUCCCCUAUCCCUCGGGCAAUCUGCACAUGGGCCACGUGCGGGUCUACGCAAUCGGCGAUGCGGUGGCCCGUUUCCAGCGAAUGUGCGGCAAGAAUGUGUUCCAACCGAUUGGCUGGGACUCGUUUGGACUGCCCGCCGAGAAUGCGGCCAACCAGCGGGGAGUGGAGCCUGCCGCGUGGACAGAGCAAAACAUUGCACAGAUGAAGCAGCAGCUGCAGCGGCUGGGCUGCUCCUUUGACUGGACGCACGAGCUGUCCACGUGCAGUCCACAGUACUACAGGUGGACGCAGCAGCUCUUUCUGAUGCUGCACAAGCACGGACUGGCGUACCAGAACGAGGCGCUGGUCAACUGGGAUCCCGUGGACCAAACGGUGCUGGCCGACGAGCAGGUGGAUGCCAAUGGCUGCUCCUGGCGAUCGGGCGCCAAGGUGGAGAAGAAACUGCUCAAGCAAUGGUUCAUUCGGACUACAGCGUAUGCCAAGCAGCUGCUGGACGGCCUGGACGAUCCCACGCUGCGCGACUGGCGGGACAUCAUCAAUCUGCAACGCCACUGGAUAGGAGAGUGCAAUGGCUACGCCUUCACGCUGCUCACCUCCGCCUCCAACCUGCUGAGGGUGUGGACUGCCAAUCCGGAGCAUCUCAAAGAUCCAAAUGCCUUCCUCGUGCUCCGCAGCAAGCAUUAUCUCUCGAAGCUGUCGACGGCGGCAGGCGGCGGCCUCAGUGUGGAGAAUCCCUUUGCUGGCACCACCAUUCCCGUGGUCUUCAGCGACGAGGCUGCCUUCCCACCAGACUGUGAUGUGUAUCUGGCGGCUCCCAGCUUUCGCAGCGAGGACAGGGAGCUGUGGGACUCCUUUGGACUGGCCAUUAGUGCAUCUGGCACUGCAGAGACUCGCCUCAAUCCUGCCAGCUGGGAGCUGUUGCGGAAGGAGGUGCUUCAGGCAGCGACACGCCUGAAUGCAGGCGGCUAUCGCGUGUCCUCCAAGCUGCAGGAUUGGCUAAUCUCACGACAGCGCUACUGGGGCACGCCCAUUCCCAUUGUGCACUGCCCGAAGUGCGGGGCUGUGCCCGUGCCCGAGGAACAGCUGCCAGUGACGCUGCCCAAGCGGGAGUCGCCGGAUUCACUGCUCUGCGAGUGCCCCAAGUGCGGGGGUGCACAAGCGAAACGCGAGACCGACACCAUGGACACCUUUGUCGACAGUUCCUGGUACUACCUGCGCUUCCUGGACGCCCACAACUCGGAGCGCAUCUUUGAUCCCAGCCUGGCGAGUCAGUUCAUGCCCGUAGACCUCUACAUUGGCGGCAAGGAGCACGCCGUGCUGCAUCUCUACUAUGCGCGUUUCAUGAACCAUUUCCUGAACAAGUGCGGGCUGUCGCCCACCAGCGAACCCUUCUCCCGCCUGCUGGUCCAAGGCAUGGUCAUGGGCCGCUCGUUUCGCGUCAAGGGCAGCGGUCGCUACGUGCGCGAGGACGAGGUGGAGGUUGUGAAUGCCAAGAAGAACCAGGCGCUGCUCAAGGAGACCCAGGAGCCCGUGGUCAUGACCUGGGAGAAGAUGUCCAAGUCCAAGCAGAACGGCGUGGAGCCCGGCGACAUGUUUGACGAGUACGGCACGGACACCACGCGCCUGAUCAUCCUCGCAGAUGUGGCACCCACCUCGCAUCGCAAUUGGUCGAGUGCAAGCUUUCCUGGCAUCCUCAACUGGCAGAAGCGACUCUGGCUGACGCUGCAGGAGUUCCAGGCAGCACGCGAGGAAGCUCCCAGCGAUGUGGAUGUGAAUAGUGAGGAGUUUCUGGCGGAGGAUGCCAAGCUCUUCGAUGCGCGCAACUUUUAUGUGAAGGGCGCCACAUUCAACUACCGCCAUGCGCAUCAGCUGAGCGUGGCCAUCUCCAAGAUGCAGGGAUUAACCAACUCCAUAAGGCGCACGCCAAAGCACAUUCAGCGCCAUGGCAGACAGUUUGAGCGCGCUCUGGCUGCCCAAAUCAUCAUGCUGGCUCCCAUGGCGCCACACUUUGCCUCCGAGCUGUGGUCCAAGUUUGUGGCAGUGAAGGGGCGCCUGAAUGAAGCCAGCCCGGAGCUGCAGUGGGCGGAGGAUGUGCUGUCGCAGCGCUGGCCGGACAUUGAUGCCGCCUACAACCUGGACCUCAGCAUCAAGGUCAAUGGCUUCGAGAAUUGCGUGAUCAAGGUGCAGCGCACACUCCUGGACAAGGUGACGCACAGCGAUGCGCUGGACAUAGCAUUCAACACGGAGUCCGUGACGUCGUACCUCAUCGACAAGAAGAUUCGCACGACCAACUUUGUGCUGUACCCAGGCAUCGAGGCCAUACUCAACAUUUACGUGGACAAGGUGCAGAAGAAUGUUAAUGUUUAA